UUUUGACAGGUUCCACAUUAUGACAGAACACCUGGUCCUAUGAAUGGGGUGUGACGUGGCAGCGCGGAAGAGACAAGUGGAAGUUUACGGAGAGAUCUGUGAGAGGCCGGGGGGUGACCCGGAGAGAUCUGUGAGAGGCCGGGGGUGACCCGGAGAGGGCGGACAUGGCGGGCUGGGCUGGAUUUUCAGAGGCUGAGCUCAGGAGACUCAGACAGCAGCGAGAUUCAUCACACAAUCUGAAACAAGCAUGUCCCCCUGAAGCAUUUUUUAGCCCCCCUCAACCUCCUGGCAAGGGAAGUGCCCAGGAGCCAACUCAAGGAAAGAAAAGUCUCCAGGCACCAAAUCAGAAAAGGGCUCUGAAGGAUCCAGGCAAAGCAACAUGUGCAGAGUCCAAACCAAAGAUGUCUCAAAGUGUGGCUCCAAUGCCCAGCUCAUCCAAAUUGCAAAAACUCCCGGAAGCAUCAAUAAUAAGAGACAAAGACAACAAAUCGGAACCACAGCAGAAGAAUGUUGAAGAACCAGAUGAACAGCUAUUUAAAAUGGAGAUAGAACUGAAAGAGAAAUCUCGCUUGGAUCAUCUUCAGCUGGAGCAGCGUUUAAUGGAAGAGAAGAAUAAGCGCAAGAAGGCUCUGCUUACAAAGGCCAUAUCUGAAAAAUCAAAAAAAACUCAGGCAGAAGCUUUGAAACUCAAGAGAAUUCAAAAGCAGCUUCAAGCCCUUGAUGAUUUGGUGUCUACAGACAUCGGCAUACUACGCACUAGAAUUGAACAAGCAUGUUUAGAAUUUUCCCAAGCCAGGAAACGCUAUGAUCGUGCAGAAUCUGAAUUUGUUGCAGCCAAACUGGACUUGCACAAGAAAACCCAGAUUAAGGAGCAACUAACCGAGCACCUAUGUACCAUCAUACAACAAAACGAGCUACGUAAAGCUAAGCGUCUUGAAGAGCUUAUGCAGCAGCUAGAAAUGGGGACUGAUGAUGAGGGACUGGAACUAGAGAUUGAGAUUGAGCACAUGCUGCAGCAUCAAGAGGCUGAAGCAAGAAAGCAGUCUUUGGGAUCUGCAGCUGAAAAAUGCCACAAUGCCUUAAAUAUACAAGAAACGUGUUCAGUAGAAAAAGACCAAAAGCCUUCAGAAAUGCAGGAAACAAGUAUAGAUGAAAAGGACAAACCGAGUAUACACAAGGAGCAAAUAAAAGAGUCCGAUCAGCCCUCUACAGAAAAAACGGCAGCUACCAGUGAAGACUUGACACAUUCGCCACAUGAACUUGAAAGCUGACGUGUCCAAAGAUGUUUAGUAAAUGGGAAGGCUUCUACACUGACUAUCAUAGUUUCAUAAAUACUCUAAUCAUAUUGCUGUAUAUAUUGUUUAAUACAAUCUUCUUUCCAGGAGGCUUUGUGUAACGGGAACACUAAACGUAUUCACUUAAAUUUUUUCUACUGUAUAAUAAUUUUAUGUUUGUAUCCAACACUAUUUGCAUAUAACAUUUUAGUUUGUCACAAAUUAGACUGUAACAUGCCCUCUUCUUAAAAUUGAACUCUUUCAUAAGUUACUCCACUAGACCCAUAGAGUAACAAUAAAUGGGGCAUGUAUUAGGCUACUACUAUCAUGUAAUCUCGUGAUGAUCUCUGAUUAUCUGCAUCAUUUGUAUUAUGCAGAGUGCAAAACCGUUUGGAAAUGUUAUUCUCAGGUGUUAAAAAUGUUCAAAGUGCCGUAAAUAUGUGGAUUAAACUUUUCUUCUGUAAAAUCAAUUGGAGCAUCAUCCUCCUUUUUAAGAGGUUUCUACUGGGUGAACAAUGUUGCUAAAUGUUUUUUAAUAGUGAUUUGCUAGAAUUGGUUCAAAAGUCAGUUAAAUAUAUUGUGUUCCAUGUGAUGGGCGAUCUUGGUUUGUACUAAACUGACCUUUUUGAAGCUUCAAUCAAGCAAAAGGCCAUUGUGUUGCUGAUUGUCUGUUGGUGAAUGUAAUAAACGUUGUUUCUUUCUUUU